AUGGAGUACUUGACGAACAUACUGUCGUCGAAGGUGUAUGACGUGGCCAUCGAAUUGCCGUUAGAAUUGGCCACGAAGCUGUCGGAGCCAUUAGGAGUGAGAGUUUGGAUGAAAAGAGAGGACUUGCAGCCUGUCUUCUCGUUCAAGCUUCGGGGAGCUUACAACAUAAUGGCAAAGCUUCCAAGGGAGCAACUGGAGAGAGGGUGGAAAUCUGUUAAGAGAUUGGGCGCCACGGUUGUUCUUAUAGGGGAUUCAUAUGAUGAGGCUCAAACUUAUGCUAAGUAG